GGGCUGCUGCGGAUGCCGGGCUGCCGGUGCCCGGGCAGGCGGAUGCGGCGGCCUCCGCUGCCUCGCAGCUCCGUGAGCGGCCUGGGGCGUGAGGGCGAGGGCGACGCGCGCGGCCCACGGAAGCGAGGCCGGCGGCCGGGGCCGGCCGGGGCGUGUGGCGCUGAGGCGGGCGCGCGCGCGGAGGGCGGCCCGAAGCGGAAGAUGGUGGCCCGGGAGCCCGGCCGAGAGGACGCGCCGACUGUCCGGCGGGGCGAGGCGUCGGGGCCCGGGAAGCCGGGGAAGGCGCCCCCCAGGCGGCGGCAGGAGCCCGGGGGCCGGGCGCGCCCUCAGGACCUGCCCGCCGCGGAGCCUCCCUGCUUGCAGCCCGGACGACACAUUAAGGAGAAAAGAAAUGUCGCUGAAGCCCCAAGUGAUGCUCCACAGCCAGGGAUUGACCUGAAAACCCUUGGACCACUUGUGAAAGAAACAAAGAGUACUUCAGAAUCCUUAGAAUGUGAAGGCAUGGAGGCAGAAGAACAUCUAAAUCCCACUGAAAGCUCAGUAACUAAGUCACCUACUGAUUGCCAUCCUACUGAAGAGAGGUCUUUACAGGAAGACUGGAAAAAUGAAUCUGAAGAAUCAAAGUUAAGCUGUCACAGAACAAUACCAAUGACUGGUAAAAGAAUUUGGCCUUGUUACUCAUGUGCUAGAGUAACAGCUGCCCAUUGUUGGAAAAAGGCUUUCAUGUCAGAAUCAAGUUGCUUACUUCCCAAAUCUCCAGAAACUUUGAAUCAAGGUGAUUUUCCUAAAGAGCUGUCAAGUCAAAAUCACUUAACUGACUCCAAAUUAUCAUUACAAAGUUCUGUGAAGGAAACAAACAAUGAAUCCUUAUGUAAAGAAAAAUUGGAUUCUAAUUUAAAUGACUUGUCUUCAGGCUCUGUAGUAGAACCCACAUUAAUGACUCUGAAAGAACCUAUAAACGAUGAUAUAAAAAUAAAGUCAGAAGAAGCCAGCAGAAGUGGAUCAGAGGCAAUUUCUAAUACUACUAAAGAUACUCAACUAACUAAUGUGACUCAAAGCUUAGCAGGAAGUAGAAAGAAAGAUAGAGGGAAUUUGUCAAAACUUAAUUUGACAGUGGCUUCCCAGAAUGGCCAGGAAGCAACUAACUCUACAAACAAAGCCAUUCAUCGAAAAGCUUGCACUGCUAAGCAGACACUGGUGGUUCCAGACUUGGUUAAAAUAUUGAACACAGGACGGCUGACUAAUUUUAAAAUUCCUUUACUUAAGAAUAAAACAGAAAAAAGAAAAGAAGUAAAUACCAAGUCAUCAGAAAGAGAAGCAUAUAGUCCCCUAGAGCUUCUUGACAAUUUAUCUGCAGCAGAAGCAAGACAGAAUAGGAAUAAAGAAAACAUCUGCACAGUAACUUCAGCAACUCAGUCUUUGAGCAUACAAAAUAGUAUAACUCCAGUGCAAGCUAGUCUUGAUUCAUACUACAGAAAGAAUUCUUGUAUUUCUCCAAGCUUUUUAAAGCAAGGUAAUGAUUAUAAGCCAUCUAACCACAUCUUUGAACCAAGCAGUAUUAUUUCUCAUAAGGAGCCUAUUUCUUUUACAAUUAAAAAUACUUUCUCUUAUGAUUCUGGGUAUGUAAAGAAAAGUUCUUCCUUCUGCUCUAAUGAACAAGCAACAUUUGAAUCACUUUCAUCGGAAGUUAGUGGGAGAAAAAUGACUAAGAACUUUUCAGAAAUUAAAGGGGGGUUUCCAGAUAUUCUUAAAGCAUAUGAAGAUGAUGUCCUCUUAAUUGAUGUAAUUCAAGAUGACCCAGAUCUCUUUGGAGUAUCUAAUGAAGGGGAGCUCUCAGUUACUUCAGAGAUACCCAUGAUACUCCAGGAAACUAGUGUUACUGAAGAACAGUUGCCACACUCCAAUCAUGUGGAACUUCCAGAAAAAAAAGAAACAAGUGACAGCUUGAGAGAACUCCCUAUAUUGGAUCCUGGAUCGAUCAAGCCAGAAGUCUGUGCUUCCUUAUCAGACGCAAAAGAGACAAAACAUGAUUUCCAAGGAGCAGACUUAGGAGAAGUUACUAAUGAGACUUCUGAAAAGGAAAUGCUGGGAGACUUCAGUAAACACAUCAAAAACUCCGGCUUGGAUGAGAAGUGCAAACUUUUAGACAAGGUGACUAUUAAAGAAGAAAAGGAAAAUACUGAUGAAUUUAGCAGAAGCAAAGGUUCUAAAAAUGCAGAGAUUCUGGUUGGUGAAUAUCAGAUAGCAGCGCUGGGCCCCAAACCUUUGUGCUUGUCAGUGUCACCUUUGAACCUAAGUGCUCAUCAAGAAGACACGUGGCUGAAGCCCUGGAUGAAUGAUUACAGAUAUCCAGGAAGCCAGUCUGUCCUCAAGCUGCAGAAUCCUGAAGCUGGUGAAAUAUUUAAGAGGGGGAAAAAUGCAUCGGUGUUCCAGAAGCCCCUCGGUUUGCUGAUACCUCACAGAUACUGCAGAUUUCAUUUUAAUACAUUACGUGGCUGUGAGCGAUCACAGUGCAAGUUUGCUCAUGUGCCUGAGCAAGGGGAUGAGAAGGUUUGCAUGGAUGUGCUUAAGAAAUAUAUAAGUAUCGAUGAGAUGUGCUUGCUACAACGUGCAGUAAACAUGUUCAUGGAGUAUUAUAGAAAGUUUCCUCCAGGUAUACACUUUGAUUUACAAGUGCUAAAUGACCUUCUAAGUUCUUUACUUAAACACUAUUUGUUGAAGGAAGUAUUUCAAGUAGUGAACCUCAGCAUGAUGGCUAAAAUGCUGCCUAAUCUGAAAACAUUACUAAGAAUAUUUGAACAUGUGGCGACUAUAAAGUUAAGGAAUGCCGUGCCUGCUCUACUUGAUCUCUUUUGUAAGCUUGUUGAAGCUGGAAUGGUGCUUGACUCAGAACACUUUAACUAUAUUCUUAAGCUCUUAUACCAAGUACAGGCUUCCAGUGAAGAAAUAGCCACAGUUCUGGAAAUGAAAUCCAGGUUACAGAUGAGACAAUUUAAAGACAGCUGGAAAUCUGAUUUAGAAUCAGCCUUCAGUGAAGUAGAGCAUUGUAAAGAAAAAGGUGAAUGGACCAAGUUGGGAAAUUUAUACAUUAGUGUAAAAAUGGGCUGUGAAAACUUUACAGAUUUCCAGAGAUUUUGUGCUUGUGUUGCUGAAACAUUAACAAAAGACUGUAAAGAAGACAGACCAGGUGUUCCUUUUUGUGAAUUUGCUGAAACAGUUAGCAGAGAUCCACUGAACAGUGAAGUGGAUAAGACUCUGCUGGGAAGGAUUGGGAUCAGUGCGAUCUACUUCUACCACAAGUUGUUGCAGUGGCCCAAGGGAAGGAAGGUCUUAGAUACAUUAUAUGAAUUAAAAAUACACUUCACGAACUUAAAAGGACUUACAGGACCUGAGAAGACAGCAGCAAAAUGUCAAAUUGUGAACGUUGCAGCAGAAAUUUUCCUUAAGAGUGGAAGCCUCGAUGGUGCCAUCUGGGUGUUGAGAGAGUCAGAAUGGGUAAUCAAUUCACCGCUGUGGCCUUGUGACAGACUGGAUGUACUCAACCGGCAUAAUCUGCUGUGUACAAUUGCGCACGAGGUCUUAGCCAAGAGUCUCUAUAGACAAACAUUUGAAGUUUUGCAGAAUCUACCAGGUUUUCAGAAUUCUCAAGAAACCGUGGCUGUCUCACAGUACAGCCUCCUUUUUAACAAGCUUCUAGAUGCGUGUUUAGAGAGCAGCAGUCUUAGUAUGUCAUCCUCCGUGGCAGAAUUUAUGGUUUCAAAGAACAUCCCUAUUGAAUUUUCCUUCCUCAGAAGACUGAUUACUUGUUUAGGAAGGAGCUGUUUGUGGCUGAAAGCCAGAGCCCACUAUAAAAGUGCCCUUUCAUUAGGCUGCUACCCACCACUGGAGGGAAAUUUAUACCGAAAACUUCUUCUGGUUCCAUCUUACUUGUCUGAGAUUGAAAUGCUUUUAGCCAUUGAAAUCUUCCUGGUAUCUAAUGCUAGCAGUAUUCAGAGUCCUGGGAAUUCUACACAGUCACUGCAGAUAGUUUUGAAAAGGUGUGAAGAGAACAAAGCUCGGAGCAAGGACGAGUACCAAGCAGCGGUGGAGAGACUAGUUAUGGCCGUGCACAUCUCGGACCCAAAGCUCUUCAUUAAGCACCUGGCUGUCAAUGUCAACAAGGAGCAGGUUUACAGUUUGGAGCACUGUUCCGCCCUGAAGUGGCUGAAAGAGAAUAUGAAGUGGGCUGGAAAGGUUUGGCUCUUCAAUAACCAUUAGUUAGUACAAGGUUUUCUUUUUUAAGUUCAAGAAAUCACUGUUGGAAAUAAAAGGAAAUAGAUGGUU